AUGUGGUGGCCCUUCUCACAAAAAGCACAACCUGACGCAGCGACGCGCACCGACCGAGCGAAAUGCUGGGAGAGCCGCGAUGCGUAUUUUGCCUGUCUCGACGCGCACAACGUCAUUGUAGCCGGAAAGGAGGAGGGCGCAUGCAAUAGGCCCUUGAAGGCAUAUGAGGAGAACUGUGCGAAGAGCUGGAUUGACUACUUCAAUCAACGGAGAGUAUUGGCAGAACGGCAGAAGCCGAUGCUGGAACAAGCGGCAUGGCAGGCGGAGGACGCCAAGAAGAGGGGCGUAUAA